AGAGCGCACCCAGCCGGCGCCGCGCAGCACUGGGACCCUGCUCGCCCUGCAGCCCAGCCAGCCUGCUCCGCAUCCGCCUGCUGGUCUGCCCGCCGACCGGCGCGCCCUCGCUGCCGCCCGUCUGCGCCCCUCGACCCCAGCGGCACCAUGCAUCUCUCCCAGCUGCUGGCCUGCGCCCUGCUGCUCACGCUGCUCUCACUCCGGUCCUCCGAAGCCAAGCCCGGGGCGCCGCCGAAGGUCCCGCGAACCCCGCCGGGAGAGGAGCUGGCCGAGCCGCAGGCUGCGGGCGGCGGUCAGAAGAAGGGCGACAAGGCUCCCGGGGGCGGGGGCGCCAACCUCAAGGGCGACCGGUCGCGGCUGCUCCGGGACCUGCGCGUGGACACCAAGUCGCGGGCAGCGUGGGCUCGCCUUCUGCAAGAGCACCCCAACGCGCGCAAAUACAAAGGAGCCAACAAGAAGGGCUUGUCCAAGGGCUGCUUCGGCCUCAAGCUGGACCGAAUCGGCUCCAUGAGCGGCCUGGGAUGUUAGUGCGGCGCCCCCUGGCGGCGGAUUGGGAACUGGCUCCGUUGUGCUGAGGUCAUCUUUGGUCAUCAGCCUCCAGCAUCCGGAAACACCUCCAACGCAAUGUGGCUUUUACAUUUCUUUCUUUCUUUCUUUUUUUUUCCUGGUACUGGGAAUACACAACACCAGCUGUUUUAUUAUUAUUUGGGGAGGGGGUUGUGAUUUUAUUAUUUGUUUUUUUAAAUGAAAAAUAAAGUUAUGUAUUAUAUAUAUAUUAUAUACAUGAAACACACACACCUACACCGACUUGAUGACAAGGGACAGUUUUUAAGAGACUGACAGAACCAGCUGUAAAACAUUGCUGUUUGUAAAUUCAUGUCAUGCAUAAAUGUAUUUAUGUUGUAAAGCUAUUUAUAUUGUUUAUAAAGAGAUAUUUAUAAAAAUUUUAUUUAUGUAACUAAAUGAAAGAAGUCAAUCAUUGUAAUGUUUUUGUCCUAACUAGUUAAAAAAAUGUUAAAAAAAAAAAAAGUCAUUCCAUGAAUAUCUUGAAAA